AUGGGAGUCACAACCGUAAAGGCAGAUUCUGACUUUAAAUCCUUAAAGCCUCCCUCACUCCCUGGCUGGACAGCGUCACAAGGGGCAGUGAUAUACGAGCAGAUCACCGCCACUGGCCUCACUGUUCGGUAUACAAUGCCAUUCGAUUCGGAACACUUUACUAGCCCCUUCAGCCCGGUGGAAGCCCCUAAGCUGGACGAUGUGCCUGCGGGGAGACGAGGGCCUGCCGACUUUAAAUGGGAGCAGCUCAGAGAUGAAACGUGGCUCGAUAAGUCCAUAGAGUAUGCAAAACAACACCUAGAAGACGAAGACGGGGAUGAAGAAGCAAAUGGCAGAGAAGGCAAACAAAGAAUUAAGAAAAAGAAAACCAAACCUGAUAUAUGA